GCAUUUAAGAUGUCACAACACAUGAAACAGGAAGCUUCCUGACUGGUAAUCAUGGGCACUAAGCUGUUAAAAUACAGAAAUAUAGAAAAAAAUAUCUACAAUAUGAAAUUUGGCAUGCCUAUCCUGACAAUCCUCUAAAACCGUGACUAAGAUAAAAUUCAGGGGACAAGGGAUGUGGCGCCGCUGAUAGAGCUCGUUUAGUGCACACCAACAGGGCUUCGAUCCCAAGUGCUGCAUUAACAGAACAGUGGUCCGAAGGUCAGAAAGUAGAGAAAAGAGGAUCAAAAACUGUUGGCUACACACCCGUCACAGAACAAAACAACCACAAAGAAAAAAGAAAAACUAAACUAAAUUAGAUCCGUCCGUCCAUCCAUCCAGGAGCCAAUUAAGACGCGACACGUAGAAACGAGCAGUCUGCAGAGCGGGCAGCUUGAGCUCCAGAGAGGAGCUGACGUUGGAAUCACCGCAUCCCCAGGGUCGCCGCGCGGCCGCUGGGUCCCGAGCGGCGGUUGAGCCGGCGGCUCGCGCACCGGGGCGGCUACAGCAUCCUCCGGCGCGGCCGCUCGCGCAUGCGCAGUUAGCAGUCGCUGCUGGGCGGCUGCCGGCGGGAUCGGUCUGGGGAGACGCAGGGGACCGAGUAGCAGCCAGUCGGACACCUGAGCUGCCGCUGCCGGACACAAACCCGCAGGACAGAAAAUUGGAACCGUCAGCAUUGAUGGGACUUUAGCUCAUGCCACUCAACUCUCUCACUUCAUGGGUGAGAAGAGGCCCAGAGCACAUGCCCAGUUCUGUUGCCCUCUGGACAACAGCGCUAGCCACUUAGAAGGCAGCAAGGUCAGGAAGCUUUCGACCUCUGUCAUUCUGUAGUUAGACUUCUGAAGCCACGGGAAAGAGUCACAGUCUCCAACGAGCACUCCUGAGAUGGUCAAUAUGCGUUUCCAAGGUGUUGGACUAUGCUUGAGUCUUCUGUUCAUCACUGUCAAUGCAGAAUUUAUGAAUGAUGGUGUUGAAGUGGAAGACUUCAAUGAAAAUUCAGAAGAGAGUAAUAUUAAAGAAGAUGAAACUUCCUCAGGGGUGGGUCUUAUCAAAAGCAAAGAAGGAUGAUAUGGAUUCAGAAAUUUCCAUAUAUGAUGGAAGAUGGGAAAUAGAAGAGCUGAAGGAAGACCAGGUACCCGGCGACCGAGGACUGGUUCUGAAGUCUAAAGCCAAGCACCACGCAAUAUCUGCCGUCCUCUCAAAACCUUUUGUUUUCUCUGAUAAACCUUUGGUAGUUCAAUAUGAAGUCAAUUUCCAAGAUGGUAUUGACUGUGGAGGUGCAUACAUUAAACUGCUAGCAGACACUGAUGAUUUGAUUCUGGAAAACUUUUAUGAUAAAACAUCCUAUACCAUCAUGUUUGGACCAGAUAAAUGUGGAGAAGAUUAUAAACUUCAUCUUAUCUUCAGACACAAACAUCCCAAAACUGGAGCUUUUGAAGAAAAGCAUGCCAAACCUCCAGAUGUUGAUCUGAAAGAGUUCUUCACAGACAGGAAGACUCACCUCUAUACCCUUGUGAUGAAUCCAGAUGAUACAUUUGAAAUCUUCAUUGAUCAGAAAGUUGUGAACCAAGGGAGCUUGCUAGAGGAUGUGGUUCCACCUAUCAACCCACCCAGAGAAAUUGAUGAUCCCAGCGAUAAGAAGCCAGAUGAGUGGGAUGACAGAGCCAAAAUCCCCGACCCCAGCGCAGUCAAGCCGGAGGACUGGGAUGAAAAUGAACCUGCCCAAAUAGAAGACUCAAGUGCUGUUAAACCUGAUGGCUGGCUUGAUGAUGAACCGAAGUUUAUCCCCAAUCCUAGUGCCAAGAAGCCUGAUGAUUGGAGUGAUGACAUGGAUGGAGAAUGGGAGGCACCACGUAUGCCUAAUCCAGCCUGUCAGAUUGGAUGUGGCGAGUGGAAACCCCCUAUGAUAGAUAACCCAAAAUACAAAGGAGUCUGGAAACCGCCAAUGAUCAAUAAUCCUAGCUACCAGGGAAUCUGGAGUCCUCAGAAGAUCCCUAACCCCGAUUAUUUUGAGGAUGACCACCCAUUCCUUCUGACUUCUUUCAGUGCUCUGGGCUUAGAGCUUUGGUCCAUGACUCCCAACAUCUACUUUGAUAAUUUUAUCAUCUGUUCAGAAAAGGAGGUGGCAGAUCGCUGGGCUGCAGAUGGCUGGGAACUGAAGAUAAUGGUGGCGAAUGCUAACGAGCCAGGUGUGCUCAAACAGCUAACCACAGCAGCAGAGGAGCGCCCAUGGCUCUGGCUCAUGUACCUUGUGAUGGCUGGGUUGCCCAUAGCAUUAGUUACUUCGUUUUGUUGGCCAAGAAAAGUAAAGAAAAAAUAUGAAGACAUGGAUCCUAAGACAAAUGACUUAUGUAAACCGCAGACCAAGGCAGCUCUGGAACAAGGGGUAGAGGAGGAGAAGGCCCCAGAGAAGGCAGAAGAUUUGGAAGAGGAAAAGAAACCCAGUGAUGGUGACAUGGUCAUCGUUGAAAAGGUAGAGGAAGUUGGUGAACCAGAAGAGAAGAGAGAAGAACGGGAAACCAUAGAAGGGCAGGAGGAAAUGAACAAACUGAAUAAAUCUGGAUCAGAGGACGAGAUGAAAGAAGCCGACGAGAGCACAGGGUCUGGAGACGCACCAGUGAAGUCAUUACGCAAGAGGAGGGUACGGAAGGACUGAUGUGUCUCAAGUAUUCCAAAUCCCCAAGAGAGAGAGCUGGCAUUCUAAAGUUAGCGUGCUCCAAAGGACAGUGAAUCCAUCUGCACAAACUCUUUCUAAAUAUCUACCAAUGUUACUUUUUCAGAUACUUCUUUCUUUCUUUCUUUUUUUGGGGGGAAAGUAACUUUGAAAUUAACUGGUCUUUGAAUUUAGAAUAAAAGAAAAGUGGCACAUUA